CAAGACACUCCCGUGUGUAUGAAAAGAAGAAGAAGAAACUUUGUAAGCUCAAUUUGUUUCCAAGGUUGCUCUGGGAAUCCGAGGUUCUAAACUCUGCAACUAACUUUAAUGGCAACUGGGCAAGUCAUUAAUAAACCUCCUCCUUCACUGCCUCCGUACCCUGAGAUGAUUCUGGAGGCAAUUGAAGCACUGAAUGAAGAGAAUGGUUCGAAUAAAUCAUCAAUUUCGAAGUACAUCGAAUCCACCUAUGGUGGAUUGCCUCAGGCCCACAAGGUUUUGCUCAAUGUGCACCUCGCGAAAAUGAGGGAAAGUGGAGUGCUAGUGUUUUGGAAGAACAACUACACCAAGCGUGACCCAAAUGCGCCGCCACGGCGGGGCCGUGGCAGGCCACCCAAGCCCAAGGAGCCUCUGCCACCGGGCACUGUCUUAUCACCGCCCAGGCCCAGGGGCCGUCCUUCGAAGGACCCAAAUGACCUGCAGAAGCCUCUUAAGGCUUCGGUGGUGGGUAGUGGUAGGCCUCGAGGCCGGCCCAGAAAAAUGGCCUGGCCCACUGGAGGCCUUGGCAAAGUAUCACCGGCCUCUAAGGCGAAGCCUGUCACUAGUAGUGGGAGGCCCAGAGGUAGGCCUCCCAAAGUGAAGCCCGUGUUCACUGAAAUUAGUGUUUGACUAUAAAGGCUUAUAGGGCUUGCAUGGAAUAGGGAAGUGUUGUUUCUACAAAAAGUUGGACUGAGUAACGGUUGUGUGUGUUUACUAGAUUCUUCUCUUAUGUGUUACACUUAGCUGAAAUGCUGAAUUGUUGUGUACAAUCGUGUGGUGUAGUGUAGUGUAGUUAGUUGCUGAGGCUUUGUUCGUUUGUAAAUUGUAACUGUGAAAAUAGGACAAUGGGUGGAGCUAAUGGACGCAAUCUCUCAAAUUCUUGAUGUGAAGAGUCUGUGUGUUAUGCACCAAAUUGAUUGGAGGCAAAAUCUUUAAUACUGUUGCUUGCA